UGUUUGUUGCAGCGGUGCGUUUGAAGUUUUUUUUAGCGUGCAACAAAUUGUUUACCUUAGCCAGUAGUGUACGCAGAGGAGGCGCAGUUCAUUAGCUCGAGUCGCCAUUAGUCUUCGCCCCAGUCAGAAUGUCGGGAACUAUACUCGAGAACUUGAGCGGACGGAAACUGUCCAUAUUGGUGGGCAGCCUGCUGCUGUGUCAAGUGCUGUGCUUCCUUCUGGGUGGGCUGUACGCGCCCGUGCCCGCCGGCCAUACUAACGUGCUUGGCUCGCUGUGCAGGGAAAACCAUGCGCGCCAGAACGACACCAGCUUCUUUUUGUACUCGCGUGGCGAAGGAUCCUGCACCCAGGUUACCCGCGAGGAAGUGGAACAGGACUCGAUGAAGCUGGCCAACCAGAUUGUGCAUGUCUUCCAGAUGCCCCUUCCGCGCGACAGUCGUGUGCUGGACUACUCGCGCUGGCAACAGAACCUCAUUGGCGUGCUGCAAGUGGAAUUCGGAUAUGACUCCUCCUCGGAGCUGCGCGAACCCCCCAAGGAGCUACAGUUGACGAUCGACAUGCGCCUGGCCUACCGGAACAAGGGGGAUCCCGACCACGCGUGGAAGCUGUACGCGCAUGGCGUUGAACAUCGUUAUCUUGAUUGCGUUGCCGCCCAUAUCGGAAGCUCGGAGACGCUCUACACCUGCGACAUGAUACCUCUUUUUGAGCUUGGGGCCCUUCAUCACAGUUUCUAUCUACUGAAUCUACGCUUCCCGCUGGACACGCCCAAGCAAAUGAACCUCCAGUUUGGGCACAUGCACGACCUCACGCUGACUGCAAUCCACCAGAACGGUGGCUUCACCCACGUCUGGCUCAUGCUGAAAACCCUGCUCUUUCCCUUUGUGGUGGGCAUCAUGGUCUGGUUCUGGCGCAGGGUUCAUCUGCUGCAGAGAUCACCGGCCCUGCUGGAGUACAUGCUCCUCUACCUCGGCGGAGCCCUGACGUUCCUCAAUUUGCCCUUGGAGUACCUGUCGCUCACCAUUGAGAUGCCCUACAUGCUUCUCUUGAGCGACAUUCGCCAGGGCAUCUUCUAUGCCAUGUUGCUCUCGUUCUGGCUGGUAUUUGCUGGGGAACACAUGCUGAUCCAAGAUUCCCACAACAAAUCGACCAUUCGGUCGCGCUACUGGAAGCAUCUCUCCGCCGUCGUAGUCGGAUGCAUCUCUCUGUUUGUCUUCGACAUUUCCGAACGAGGAGUGCAGUUGCGCAAUCCAUUUUACUCCAUCUGGACGACCCCGCUGGGGGCCAAAGUGGCCAUGAGCUUUAUACUUCUGGCGGGAGUUUCGGCGGCCGUAUACUUCCUGUUUCUCUGCUACAUGAUCUCGAAGGUCUUCAAGAACAUUGGUGACAAGCGCACUUCGCUGCCGUCAAUGUCACAGGCGCGUCGCCUGCACUAUGAGGGACUCAUCUACCGCUUCAAAUUCCUCAUGCUGGCCACACUUCUCUGCGCCGCUCUAACCGUGACCGGCUUUAUCAUGGGCCAGAUGGCCGAGGGCCAGUGGAAAUGGAAUGAUGACGUUGAGAUUCAGCUGACUUCGGCCUUCUUAACCGGCGUAUACGGCAUGUGGAACAUCUACAUUUUUGCCCUGCUCAUCCUGUACGCUCCCAGCCACAAACAGUGGCCCACAAUGCACCACAGUGACGAGACCACGCAGUCGAAUGAAAAUAUCGUGGCCUCAGCGGCCAGCGAGGAAAUCGAGUUCAGCAACCUGCCCUCCGACUCCAACCCCAGUGAGAUAUCCUCCCUCACCUCCUUCACCCGCAAGGUGGCCUUUGAAUAGGGGGUCGCAGCCGCG